AUGGCGUCGCGUCAAGAGGAGAGCUCGCGCGCGUCACCGAUGCACUUCGUUCGAUCGAUGUUCAACGUGCGUCUCAGUGCGGCUAAAGCGCGUCGUUCGGGCGCGUUAGCGAGCGUGUCGACGUCUCAAACGCGAGAGUUGAAGUCUGUGCGCGGUAAGAACCGAAGAACGACGCGAAACGUUGGAGAUAUCGCGCGUAAGGAGGACGAGCGGAGGACGAACGCGCGGACGAGCGCGGACGAUAACGACCGGGACGUCGAUCACGGACGAGACAUAUCGACGUUUGAUAAGGAAGAUAAACCUAUGUUGAUAUGUGCGUUUGACGUUGUCGGUGCGACGGCGGCGCAGGAAGCGAUGAUUCGGGAGGCGAUGACGCUGAAACCGAAUUAUUCCUACCGCGUGCGAGAGGUGGUCGCGGAGAACGAGUCUAUUAUGAACUUGGGCAUCUUUAAGAGCGUUCGAUGCCUGGCGAAAGAUUCGAGAGAUGGUUUGAGAGUGACGUUUGAGGUGGUACCUUACGAGAUCAUGCGUGGUUUAGAGUUUUACGGCCUGGACAGCGUCCCGGCGAAGCUCAUCGAGGACACGUUCAAGCCGCAGAUGGGGAAGCCAAUGAAUUCAAAGGAGAUCGUCGGCGCGCUGGAAAACUUCAAGGCGUAUAACGUCAACACAAGACGUUUCGGCGAGGCCACGAUAGAAGGAAUGCGAAUGAUUGACGACACGAGCGAUGGGAUUUUGCGAUUGGAGUUCAUCGAGACUUCGGUGGACGGGGUGACGAUUGAGAUUGAUCCAUCGGUCGACCCGAAGACCGGAAAGGAGAACAAAGUCGUGAGCAAGGUAUCGAGCAUCAUGCCCUACUUUGAGGGCAUCGCACACACAAAGUGCCUCAACGGUGACCGCCUGCGCGAGGCCGUGGAUAGGUUCCGGGCGCAGAAUCCACGAUUCGGCGAACCGCGGAUUAACUUAUUGCCGACGCCGGGGAAGCCGCUGGGGCACCGCACCUUUGUGGUGCAGCUCAAGGAGAAGGCGAUGCGCGGCAUCACGUGCGGUGGAGGCAUGAGCGCCCGAGGGCUCUCGGAGGGGAUCUUCAGUGGCUUAGCGGGACACUUCAGCGCGUUCCACACCAACCUUUUCGGAACGGGAAAGAUGUCAAACUUUAGCAUCGAGGCAACGCCGAGAAAGGGCGGGCGCGGUCUUACUGUCGUCCGACCGCACGUCAACCUCUCCUUCUCCGAUCCAUGGGUUGGCUUCGGCCCCGCUCGGACCUCGCGAACGCUCUCAUUUAGGAGCGAUAGUAACAGCAUGCGCGCGACACACGGUGUUCCCUCGAAUGCCGAGGGUGAUGGGACGCAACCAGAUAUCACGGCGCCCGGUUUGUCUGACAUUUCGCUUCAGAAGCACGCAGCGUGCAUCGAGCACUCACGUCCACUCCUGAACGGAUGGACUGGUACUUUUGCCGUAGAUUUCAAAUCGACGUCCGUCUUGGAUAACGACGGUCAGCAUUCUCUACUCGACGCCUACGGUGCGCCAGUGACGUUCAGUGGAUUGAAGUACGACACCGCGUUCGCGUCUCAGCUUCGGUUCACCUACAGUGGCGCGAACUCAGCGCACUUGAUGUUGAGCGCCGAGCAAGCGCUCCCGGUGCAACCGCAGUGGCUCAAGUACACGCGCGUUGUGGCCAAGGCGAAACGUUCGUUCGAUCUGCUCAACCUCAAGCAGCUUCCAGGCCCAAUGCAGCUCGUACUGAGCUCAAAGGGCGGGAGCGUUUUCGGAGAUUUACCUCCGUAUGAGGCAUUCGCCAUCGGCGGUACGUCGAGCGUCCGAGGCUAUAACGACGGAUCGAUCGGUACGGGUCGUAAGUACGUCGUUGGUAGCGCCGAGUAUCGCUUACCGAUCCGGCCGGGAAUCACGGGAGCGCUGUUCUUUGAUUACGGGAGUGACUUACACUCUGGUAGCAGCGUCUUGGGCGAUCCCGCUGGAACGCGAGGCAAACCGGGGAGCGGGUUCGCGUACGGCGGCGCCGCGCUGUUUGAGACCGGAGGUCUUCCGAUUCGCUUCGACUACGCGAUGAACCAUCAAGGAAACGCGCGAUUCCACUUUUCUCUAGCGCGAGAUUUCAUCUAA